UUAAACAGGAAUUAGAUCGAAUUAGAAGAAAUCCACAACAUUCCCUCAUGUAUAUAUCCAUAAUGACCCCGGGGGAUGUUAUGGAUUCUUCAAAGCAUUCCUUCACUGAUGCAAACGUCACUUGGGAUCCUGCACCAAAUGAUUGUAAUAUUAGUGAGUCAUCCAAUUCAAGUGAUCAUUAUUUGCCGGGUAGGGAUCAAGAGCUCUACGGAGAAAGCGCUCUGGAUUGGUAUUUGCGAGACGUUAUUCCCUAA